AUGAGUGCCGCGCGCAGAAUCCCCAACGAGCGAAGCGCGACGCGCCGAGCUCAGUCGUCCCCCUACGGGCGAGCCCCCCAGCAGAAGCAGAAACAGUCUGGCAUACGAUCACUGUUUGGAGGCAUUAUGAACUUCUGGAACUCUCUCGGAUUCAACACGCAAGAGCUGGACGAAGAGGAACAGCAGUUCGCCGAAGAAGAACUUCCGCGAAGGCCCACGGCUGCCGACAAUCUCGCAAGACGCGGUCAUGAACUGUUUGACAGUGGUUCUACCACCGACCCGCGAAGUGGGGCGUAUAUUCCGCCAGAACACAGAGCUAUAAGACGUCCCCCGGGGUCUUACAGAAACGCUAUAGUGGUCUCAUCAGAACCCUCAACGCCCAGUCCCACUAUGGAGCCAGCAAAGGAGCCCAAAACCAUGGAGGACAUUAUCAAGGAAUUCUACGCCCAGAGAGGGGUAGUGGCGCCUAUUGAUGCGGGAGAAUUCAUUGGUCUGCGUACAUUCAUUGAGCAAAGCAUCAAAGGUACUGACUAUUGCCCCUUUCCCAUGCUUCUGCCGUGUGACCCUGCGACCGUCUCUGAUACACAUCCAUCACCAACCUUUCCAGAGGGCGACAACCGCUCGUCCAUUCGCAUUCCGCCCCCGGAGGUGCCCCCACGCAAGGAUCGAUCACCCAGCGCACCACAUUUUACCAUGGGCUCCGCAACUACGCCUGGACCCUCCAGGACAUCGGCUACAUCAUCGGGGACUUCGGGUCAGAAGCGCCUGACGCAGAACCUGAACGGUCAAUAUACAUGGAAAGGCCUCGGCAGCACUCGUGGCAAGAAGAAUCGACACCAGAGUUCCGCGUUCGGCCCUUCCAAUAACGCUCACGGGCCAAGGCUCUCCAUCUCUCCACCAUCGGCCCCGCCGUUGGGCAGCAAACGAAGAAGAUUGGCGACGAAUAUAGGGUCAUCUUCGAGGGUCCGACUCUCGUCGUCGGGCUCGUCUGCGAGCACCAGUACCGCGGCCGUGGCAUCUUCUUUGGUCACCCCUUCUUCAAGCGUUCUAUCAUCUUCCACUUCUGCAGCUUCUACUUCAAGUAUCGCUUCCUCGGCACCCUCAAGCAGCGCCACUAAGCCUCGUGCCCCUUCUCUCGCUCCUCCCGCACACAUUACGCCUCCUGUGUACCGAAUCGGCAUCUCCCCCAAUAAACCCACAACCCCUGUCAAUCCGUCCCCACUGCGUAACUCAUGGAAUAGUACCGACUCUCCUCCAUCGCCUCGUCGCCCUGCUACCAACAUAUCCCGCAACCAUGCACCCAAUCCAAAUCCUAGCAGCUCGAAUAGCAGCAAUCCGAUGGAGAAGUCGUACUCGGCUGAAAUGAUGAAAGACGCUAUCAAGGAUGCGACGGAGAAGGUCCAGCCCACUAAAGAGGAUACGAUUAAUCCUUGGGAGCAACCGGAGGCGAAAUACAAAGUGCCCAAGGUUCCUAAGAAAAAAGGGUUGAAGACGAAGGCAUUGGCGGAGAGGCUCAAGAAGAAGACCGAAGCUGCCAUAGAGGCCGAGAAGGAGAAAGAAAGACAGAAAGAACUGGAGGAGAUGAGCAUUCAAAGGAUCAUUGAAGCCACUGUGCCUAAGGGCGCUAAACGGGCUCGUCCACCACCCGGCUUUGUAUCGAAGAAACCCUCGACCAGCUCUUCCUCGACUAGCUCUUCCAGGAUCCAUGGAAUUUACGGCGAUUCCGCCCCCCGGCGUCAGCAGCCCACUCGUACCAACGGCAUCACCAGCACUUCUUUCUUCGGUGGCUCCUCUACAACGACCGCUACCAUCACCGCUCCAGUCAUCGAAGAAGACGAUUUAGCGGGCGAUUGGGAGCUUGAACCGCCCUCACCGAAGAAGCAGAAGACUCAGCCCAAGCGCGAUCCUACUCCUUCCAACUCAAAUGUUUCCGUCGAAGAGAUCGAGGAUGUCGAGAUGAUGGGCAGCACCCCCAUUGUCACGAAGCCUUCCGAAGUCGUUGAGCCAUCAGGAUCGGGCCCCUCUGUAUUGGGGCCUGCCUUCACUAUGCAACCGAAGACGGGCAAAGGCGCGACGCCUGGUUUGGGAGGAAUCAAGAGCUCUGCACCCAAGGAGCCCUCGAAGUUGAGAUUUUCCUUGAACGCAGCAGACCAAGACGAGAGUCCCUCCGCUAGUCCAUCCCAAGCUACCGCUGCACUCGCAGCCAAUGGAUCAUCCGCGUCGUCUUCGUCGUCCUCGUUCACAUUCGGACCACAGCUGGGAGCAGCCCCACCAAAGCCUUCGCCCACAUUCGGUUCGGCCCUCUCCCCUAUUCCCGAGGUCCCCUCAGCGCCUGCCUCUGCCGUUACCACCCCUGCGUUCGGAACCGCACCACUUCCGUCUUUCGGGUUCGACAUCCCCCCUACCACCAAGGACUCGUCCGAUUCGAUGAAGGCAGCCAAAGCCCUCCCUACCACGUCGUUGCCCACCUUCGCUUUCUUCGCUUUCGCCGUCUCGACGGUGGAUGGUCCCGAUGUCGUGAUGUCCGAAGCGGAUAAUCAGUCUGAGAAGACUUCCGCUCGUGCUAUCGCGCUCGGUGAUUUGCCCUCCUUCGUGUUUGACAUUGAUGUGAAGUCCAAAUCACAGUCAGUUCCUUUUUCUGCUUUCACCUCCAUUACCGCUCCUGUUUCCUCAAAGGGCGGUUUUGAUUAUGGUGCUGCAGGCUUGACGCCGCCUCCGAAGGCCAACAACCAAUGGACUUGUAGCCUCUGCAGCUGCAAGAACGACGAGGCCGCGACGAAAUGCAGUGUCUGUGACGAGAAGAAGCCAGUCGUAGCGCCGAAGGCGGCGGGUGGAUUUGAUUGGGCGGCGGCGGGGAUGAAGGCUCCGGAGAAGAAUGGUGGGCAUUGGACGUGUACGUUGUGUGCGUUGAAGAACGAGGCGAGUGCGACGCAGUGCAGCGUUUGCGAGACGAAGAAGCCUGUGGAGGCACCGACGCCGGCUAGUGGAGGUGGGUUUGAUUGGGCGGCCGCUGGUAUGCAGGCACCGCAGGUGGCUAGUGGGAGUUGGACCUGCUCGUUGUGCGCGUGCAGCAACACUGGCAGCGCGGCGAAGUGCUCGGUCUGUGACGAGAAGAGGCCAUGA